AUGUCAGUCUCUGCGUAUUUUUCAAAGAUGAAAAGACUAUGGGACGAACUCAAUUGCAUAACACCAGUUGCACAGUGCACGUGUGGAGCAGCAAAGGAAUCUGCAGACAUAAGAGCGGCGGAUCAGUUGAUCCAAUUCCUAAUGGGAUUGAACGAGAAUUAUGACCAUGUGAGGAACCAAAUCCUCAUGAUGGAUCCUCUACCUAAUGUUAGUAGAACAUACUCAAUGAUUUUGGGAGUAGAAAAGCAAAAGGAGGUCACCUUGGGACAAUCAUAUGGUUCACAACAGAUGGCAAUGCCUGUGUUCAAAAGAAAUGAAAAUCAAAGGUUUCUUGGAAAGAAAAGAAAUCUUAUGGAUAAAAGAACACAUGUCUGUAAAGAGUGUGGGAAGACAGGACACUUGAAGGAGGUGUGCUUCGAAAUUUACGGCUAUCCGGAAUGGUAUAAAUCAUUGAUGGAACAGAGGAAGAAAACUGCGUCUGCAGCAAAUAGAACUGCAGCUGUUACUGAGCCUGAACGAGACGGCCAAAGUGUUAAUGAUGGCAAAGCUAUAUCUGAGAUUAUACGUGCAGAAUUCCACAAAUUUCUUGGAAACUUGAAGCCACAAUCCUCAGCAUUAAUGGGAGAAGGUAACUGUGAAUUUUCUGGUAAGUGCACUGAAUUGUUAAACUACAAAACAGGGCUUAAUAAUUCUUGGAUUAUUGAUAGUGGAGCCACUGCUCACAUGUGCAACAACAAGACUUUAUUUGACAAAAUUGACACUGAUGUUCCCAAUAGUUACAUUCAUCUUGCAGAUGAUAGCAAACAUCAGAUACUUAGUUCAGGCUAUCUAACUUUAGGAAACAUAAUUAAAUUGAAGGAUGUGUUAUAUGUUCCUGGACUUAAGUUUAAUCUACUAUCAGUUAGCAAGAUAUGCAAUAACACUUCUAUUAGAUUCGAAUUCAUUCAGUCACAUUGUAUUGUGCAGGACCACAUGACUAAUGAGGUGCUUGCAAUAGGAUGCCAAAUAGGAAAAUUAUACAUCAUCAAGGAUCAACACUUUGACAAGAAUCAUAUAAAGAAGAUCAUGGAAUCCUGCAGUGAAUUAGGACUUAGUGUGCUGUCUAUUUCUUCAGAAACUUGGCAUAGAAGAUUAGGGCAUGCUUCACAAAAUGUAAUGAUGCAUACAAGGCUGAUCAAAGAAUGUAAAGUGCAAGAAAACUUCUAA